AUGCCUCGCACCCCCGAGGCAUGCGCCAAAUCCACAUCGGACAGCAGCCCCACACCACAAGGAACCGUGAUUCGGGAUGUAUACAAUUUCAUCAAACAAGAGGGCGUGAAUCCAUAUCCAUAUGGGGAUGCCUAUGGCGGCCAAGGCGAAUGGCGGGAGAAGUGGAUGAAUUUGGAGCCGAACCCGGACCAAAAGCCGCCCCAGUGCACAUUAUAUAAGACCCGAGACAGCCUCAAAGCGGGCUUGGCUGGCUUGAAGCCUGACCAGAAUCUUACACUCCGUCUCUUCGUUGUAGAGGACCUCUCGCAAACCGUCAUUGAAGCACUUGGUUACAAGUUUGGUGUGGAACCUGACUUUUUCCGCGAGCAUCUGUACGCCUAUGCCUGGAAUAAUCCACGCGAUCCCUGGAAAGACGCCGCAACCCUCGAGGUUGACCUUGAACAGCGGCGCUGGUUCCAGAUCAGGUUUCCUCGCGCACGGUACUUCCAAAAAGAUACGACUUAUAGCAAGGAUGCUCGUGGAGAGGAGAUUAAGUUCAACGUUGAGCGUCGAGCAGAUGACGACGAGAACCGCGGGUGUAAGUGGGAUGAUUCAGGCGCGCUCACGUCUUUUAUGAGAUCCAAGGCAUCAUUGUGGACCAAAAAGAGAGGUUCUGUCGGAGAGCCCGAGACUGCCAUCCUUCUCCUUGAUCCGACCAUACAAAAAGGAGCGCCACUGUGGAAAGGAUACAAGAAUUGGGAGAAACCUCCCUAUCCCCUGCGGAGUGAUCCCUUGCCGGAGGGCCCCAAGCAAACGUCGAUUUUUGACGACUUUGUUCACUGGGCCCAGAAGCCAGAGUGUUUUCCUCAGCUGUCAUUUGAAGAAUGCCCGUCACGCAUUCACAUCCCAAUGGCUGCCCUCCUCCAUCUACUUGCAUCAGAGUGGCUUCUGAUCAUUGAUUAUGUCAAAGCCCGGCUAAAUAUCAUUGAUUGGGAACUUGCCUACCCCCAACACUUUGUCAAAAACCCCGACGACAUAGACGGCCGCAUGCGCAAGCUCCACGCAUGGCGCCGCUUCAUCCCUGUUUUCCGCGAAAUGCUCUCAGACAUGCUUCUCCGCGUCUUCCACUCCUCUUCGCACAUCGAAACCAUGCGUGGCAGUGACUUUGAUACGCGCGCCUGGCUCGCCUACCAGACUAACAACGACGGCCGCGUCCACGAUCUCAUCACCGAUGUUGUCCUGCAACCGUACAAGCGCGAUUUCGCCCUCGCUCUCGGCGCCAUGGAGGAGUUCCAGAAGCGUCUCGAGCGUCUGACCCAGCUGGCGGUGCAGACGUCCAUCGUUGACGACUCGCGCCGCAGCAUGGCCGACAACCGCAAUCUGCACCGACUCACGUGGCUGGCGACGCUGUUCCUGCCGUUGAGCUUCAUAGCCGCGCUGCUGUCGAUGCAAUCCAAGGUGUCUGAGCUGGGGCACACAUUGUGGGUGUGGGCGGUCGUUGCUGCGCCGAGCGCCGGGUUGACGCUAGGCGUCGUGCUGCUUAUCAGCUCGAUCACGGUGAAGAAGGCCAUGUCGGAUUUCCCAUGGUUUGGAAACUGGAAACCGUUCGAAAAGAAGGACUCAAGUCGUAAAAGAUGA